AUGGCCAGAGCGCAGAGACAAAAAGGGGCCGCUGAGCGGGGGCCUCGAGUGAGAGCGCCGAAGCCGGUGCACCCCCGCUGCCCCCCACACACUUGCCACCCCGUGGCGUGUGAGCGCCUCCACCCGGCUCGGGCAGCCAGACUCGAAACUGCUCGCUCGCUCGCCCACGAACAGCAUCAGAGCCUCACAGCCCCCAAAUGCCCCGCGGCUCCGCAGCCUGGCUCGCGCGCCCACGUCCCCGACCCCCGCUCCAUUCCGGGCACACCGCCCCGCGCCUUCCCCGCGGCGGGUCGGCUAGAGCGAGGUCGAUUCCCAGGAAGGCUUCUGGGAGCCGCAGCUCUGGGCACCUCCGUGGCGCCAGGGGUGCCCAAGCCCGCCGCGCAGCCCUUCGGCCGGCCGGGCCUGGCAGCCGACUCGCGGGCCCCCCGGCCCCCAGGCGCCCCUCCGACGGAGUCCCCGGGCCUGUUCACCGUGGCCGCGCCUCCACCCCAGGGCGCGCCUUCUCCUCCCGCCACUCUGGCGCACCUCCUCCCCGCUCCCACGAUGUACAGCCUGCUAGAGACGGAGCUCAAGAGCCCCGUGGGGCCGCCCACCCCAGCGGCGGGCGCGGGCGGCCCGCGGCCCAUGAACGCCUUCAUGGUGUGGUCCCGCGGGCAGCGGCGCAAGAUGGCCCUGGAGAACCCCAAGAUGCACAACUCCGAGAUCAGCAAGCGCCUGGGCGCCGACUGGAAACUGCUGACCGACGCCGAGAAGCGGCCGUUCAUCGACGAGGCCAAGCGGCUGCGCGCGCUGCACAUGAAGGAGCACCCGGACUACAAGUACCGGCCGCGCCGCAAGACCAAGACGCUGCUCAAGAAGGACAAGUACUCGCUGCCGGGCGGCCUGUUGCCCCCUGGCGCGGCCGCCGCCGCCGCCGCCAGCAGCCCGGUGGGCGUGGGCCAGCGCCUGGACACGUACACGCACGUGAACGGCUGGCCCAACGGCGCGUACUCGCUGGUGCAGGAGCAGCUGGGCUACGCGCAGCCCCCGAGCAUGGGCAGCCCGCCGCCGCCGCCCGCGCUGCCGCAGAUGCACCGCUACGACAUGGCCGGCCUGCAGUACAGCCCCAUGAUGCCGCCCGGCGCUCAGAGCUACAUGAACGCCGCGGCCGCCGCCGCCGCCGCCUCGGGCUACGGGGGCAUGGCGCCCUCCGCCGCCGCAGCGGCGGAAACGGGACUUGGGCGAGGUCGCCGGCCCCUCGCGGCCGCCCCUCCCUCCCCUUUUGUGGGCUGGGAGUCGCGGCGACGUGGGCCCCGAAAAGCCGCCCCGCCCCUCCCGGGCCCCUGGGUCUCUGUGGCAUUUGUCUCGUUAGUUUGUGUUAGCCAGCGCGUGAGCGCAGGGAGCCCCCAAGGCGCGGGGCCGCCCCGCCGGGUCGCGUGGCCGCGGGGGUCCGCGUGGCUCAGCCCGCGGCGCGGCGCGGCGGCCGAGGUUAAUUUAUCGCCAGGUUCGCGGGUCCCCGCCUCGCCGCCCCCGGCCGCGGGACAGCUUCUGUCCGGGCUGCGUUUAGGCUGUUAAGUUGGUGACUUCUGCCGUGAUGUUUGAUAUUUUGUCGCGCUAAUGUAUUCGGAUUUCGUUCGGGUGGUGGGGCGGGGGCUAUUUUGUUUCAGGUUUUUCAAGGUUUUACUCUUCAUUCCUACGUGA